GUAUCCUCCCAUUUUCCAUAGGUUUCGCAAGGUUUGCAUUGACGGUAGUGUGCGUUUCUCUGUUGGAAGAAUUUAGUCGUUUGGCAUGAAAUUCGUGUACAGCAGUAUUUGAAUUUGUGGAGGCAUGUCCAAGAAAAGGGGCAGAAAGCGGAGUAGCGGGGAGCUGAGUGACACCACAGUGAUGACCCCUGACCCCAACAGUCUCCUGGGAGUGAGAAUACAACACACCUGGAGGGAGAAGGGCAACCAGAGCAAAUGGAAAGGCACCGUCCUGGACCGUCUCAAUGUCAACCCCUCACUAUUCAUGGUCAAGUACGACGGGUUUGACUGUGUCUACGGCAUCGAGCUAUUCAAGGACGAAAGGGUGUCUAAUCUACAGGUUCUCACAGAUAAACUUGUCAACAACAAGAUCAAGGUUCCUCACGGAGCAGAGGAUUUGGUAGGCAAAGCGGUGGAGCACCUUUUUGAGAAGGAGGAUGGAGAGAAGAACGAGUGGCGAGGCAUGGUCCUCUCCAGGGCUCCCAUUAUGACUAACUGGUAUUACAUCACCUAUGAGAAGGACCCAGUGCUAUACAUGUACCAGCUGUGGGACGACUAUGCCGAGGGAGAUCUCAGGAUCUUACCUGAAGCAGAAAAUAAGCACUUGCUUCCGGCCGACCGAAAGCCAGGCGAGGAGACUGAGAGUCUUGUGGGUAAGCAGGUGGAGUAUGUUACUGACAAAGGUGUGAAGCGAACAGGCCUAGUGAUCUACCAAGUCCCUGCCAAGCCCUCUGUAUACUACAUCAAAUACGACGAUGACUUUCACAUCCAUGUCUACGACCUGGUCAAGACCACAUAGGACACUUGUUUACUCACUCCAUCGCUUACUUUUCACUUAUCCUCCUCUCUCUAUCUCUCGAACUGCCUAAAGGCCCUGGAGGGUUUAACAGUUAUGCUUUGUCAUUCAGGAAGUGCAAUCUAUUAGUCCACAUUGAAUCUAGUUCUAUGAUAUGCACAGCAGAACUGUAGCAAUGAUAUUGUAGGCCACUAGGAGGAGGGUGGGAACGUGUACACUUGGAAGGACCUUUUUACCCCAUUUCCUGGUUGUGCUCCACCGUAGACUCACAUCUUGGACAGUCCAGGAGUGCACCUUGCCCUAUGACAGACUCACAUCUUGGACAGUCCAGGAGUGCACCUUGCCCUAUGACAGACUCACAUCUUGGACAGUCCAGGAGUGCACCUUGCCCUAUGACAGACUCACAUCUUGGACAGUCCAGGAGUGCACCUUGCCCUAUGACAGACUCACAUCUUGGACAGUCCAGGAGUGCACCUUGCCCUAUGACAGACUCACAUCUUGGACAGUCCAGGAGUGCACCUUGCCCUAUGACAGACUCACAUCUUGGACAGUCCAGGAGUGCACCUUGCCCUAUGACAGACUCACAUCUUGGACAGUCCAGGAGUGCACCUUGCCCUAUGACAGACUCACAUCUUGGACAGUCCAGGAGUGCACCUUGCCCUAUGACAGACUCACAUCUUGGACAGUCCAGGAGUGCACCUUGCCCUAUGACAGACUCACAUCUUGGACAGUCCAGGAGUGCACCUUUCCCUAUGACAGACUCACAUCUUGGACAGUCCAGGAGUGCACCUUGCCUUAUGACAGACUCACAUCUUGGACAGUCCAGGAGUGCACCUUGCCCUAUGACAGACUCACAUCUUGGACAGUCCAGGAGUGCACCUUGCCCUAUGACAGACUCACAUCUUGGACAGUCCAGGAGUGCACCUUGCCCUAUGACAGACUCACAUCUUGGACAGUCCAGGAGUGCACCUUGCCCUAUGACAGACUCACAUCUUGGACAGUCCAGGAGUGCACCUUGCCCUAUGACAGACUCACAUCUUGGACAGUCCAGGAGUGCAUCUUUCCCUAUGACAGACUCACAUCUUGGACAGUCCAGGAGUGCACCUUGCCCUAUGACAGACUCACAUCUUGGACAGUCCAGGAGUGCAUCUUUCCCUAUGACAGACUCACAUCUUGGACAGUCCAGGAGUGCACCUUGCCCUAUGACAGACUCACAUCUUGGACAGUCCAGGAGUGCAUCUUUCCCUAUGACAGACUUACAGUAUAGUGCAAGAAUGACCACAUUUCAAUUGUUUCCCACAUCCUGAUGCUUAAUUCAAAGCAGAACUGAAUUAUAUAUUAUAAAACUAAAAGCUGGCCCCAGUAGCCAUUCAUAUUUGGUCCUUGAAUGGCCAAACAGCGAGCAUGCUGUAUAAGUGAAUCUUUGUAGAGACUAGUUUGAGCUGUUUUGUUCAGUGAAGUGUUAGCUUUGAAAGUGAAAUGCAGUAAGCUGUGAUGCCCCUGAAAGCAUCAUUACAUUUUUUUGUUGUCUUUAUCAAUAGGCAACUAACUUUGUUUGAUUUGUCAGUCAGUUCAUAGACAAUCAUUCCUUGAUAAACCCACAGUGCUAUCAUUGGAUUCAUAGCACUGGGUUGCACUGGCCUAGGAGUAGUGUAUAGCAGUGUCUCCCAACUCCAGUCCUCGAGUACCCCUAACAGCACACCAUUUUGUUGUUGGCCCGAACAACCUGACCUGAUUCAACUCUUUGAGGGCUUGAUGAUUAGUUAACCAUUGGAAUCUGUGUGCUUAUCCAGGGCUACAACACAAAUGUUUGCUGUUGGGGUUAUUGGACAACUGGAGUUGAGAAGCACUGCUGUGUGGUGAUGGUUCAAACACUAUUUUGAACUGCCUAAUAUAACAUUCAUAAUGCUGAAUCAAGACUUGUUAGAAACAAGGAAUACAGGUCUUCAUAAAGUUAGGGCCAGGAUUUUUUCUUGACCACACAACCUGAUGACUUGUCCAGAUCAGGAAAACUCCUGGCCCUAAGAAUACCUGACAUGUUCAAAACAUCAUCAGACUGUAUGAUAAGUUUGAGGAGUAGAAUAGAGGCAGGACUUUACACUACAUUCUGAUCUUCAGUAGAAAACAAACAAGCAUCAUAAAGUGCCUUCAGGCUGAUCAUGUUGCCAUACUCUAUAUAUUUGCUAACCUCUCACAAUUUUAUUCUGUUUAAUGUUAAAGCCACUAUUUGGUCAGUAUUAGUAAAAGUAAAAAAUGCUCGAAAGAAACAAACGUGUCAAAGACUGAGUGACAAGGUUGUUGCUAUUGUCGGUUUAUAUUAGAGAAUAUGUGCAAUGUUGGCAGUUACUGCAGUAUACAAUAAUUUCCCCCAAUAUAACAUCCAUGACCAACAACAAGUGGUAUAUUGUAGCAAUGGUAAGCCAUAAUGGUAAAACGCAUGGAGAAAAUAAAACAUUUAUAACACGUUA